AGUUUCGGCAACUCUGCCAAAAGUGACUUUGUAUCAUGGUAUCCGCUACACCCCUUUGCGAUGCUUUGUAGUGCUCACCAAAGAACGUAUAUCAUAAUAUACGUUCUCUGUGCACACCUCUAUAUACCACCUAUGCUGUCAAAUUGUGAUUGGGCAUUGUGUAAAUUUAAUUCGAAAAUCGUCGGCGUAAAAUAUAAUACUUUGAAGCAAUAGAAAUUAUUUUAAGAUUAUAUUCCUUUACAGAAAAUAAAUAGUGCUUUGAAAAAUUAAAUUAAAGCAAUUAUAUUAAGGUAUACACAUUGACAAAAUGUAUGAGCUUAAAACAAUUUUACCGGAAUAUGCUUUACAAUUGCCAACUUGCAUGUAUCCAAUGAAAGUACACAAUAAUUCGGUAGCUUCAGAAAUUAUAAAAGCUGACGCAAGUAGCGGUUUGUGUAAUGGCAAUGCUAAUCCUCUUGCCACGUCCGCUGUCAACUCCCUUGGGCCGAAGAAAAAUGUGUGCGCGCUUGAUUUGGACAAUUUAAGUGCACAAAUCCAGAACUUACUCAAGGUUAAUUUUCAAAAUUGAUUAAUUAAUUUAUUUUCCAUUUGUGUUUGUCAUAGGUUUUUUUUUUAUAUGUAUUUAUGUUUUAUAGAUUUUUUCGUUAAACGCAGUGAACUUACAUCAUUAUAAAAAAUAGUCAUAAUUUUCUAAAUAUGAUUGUUUUUGAGACUGCUUAACUAUUAACACACUUCAUAUGCGAACUUUUUUUAAAUCUUAUGUUUUGUUUAGGUUUAUUAAAUAUUUUAAUUUCUAUCAAAAACAUUUUUGAGGGGGACGUGGCAGUAUAGAUUACAGGAUUAAAGUGUAUUUUGGCAUUUAUUAAAUUUUUAUUAUGGUAUAAUUUUCGUUUACUAAUUAACUAACCUAUAAAGAUUAAAGCUAAACAGCUGCUAAGUGUUUCUAUUCACACGUUUCGAAAAUAAACAAAUAAGUAUGUACGAAUAUGCGCAUAAAUCUAAUUUAAUCUCACAUUUGCUUGAGUGUUUUUCAACAAUGCAAGAAUAUCAAGAGUCAUCUAAUGAUGUCGGUUCGGUAUGCUUUCGACAGGAAAAAGUCUUAAAACAACUACAAGAACUUAAACAACAGAUGGCCAAUAUUCGCGCAUCUCUCGGUUUCUGUCAAAAAAGUCCCCAACACACUGGUAAACCAAGUGUGCGGAAUGGAGGUUUACGUGAGGAAUCUCUGCAUGAUAUUGUUAUCAACGGACACCCUAAUUUCAUACCAUAUGCCCUAUUAGCAUUGAAGAAUGCAUGGAAGAAUCUUUUCACCAUUGAUGUGAGAACAUUUAAACAUUCAACAAUGCCUGAUAUUGGAAAAGAAGCAAGCGAAUUCGAAAAUAAAUUGGCACAAGUAAAGGUAGACCCAUCAAAACUGAAAGUGAAUGUGUCACUUAUUUGGAAAAACUGUGAACAUACUGAAAUGAUCAGUUCACCCACUAUGUACGUCCCUAUUUAUGGAGAAGUUAAUAUUAUUCGAUAUUUUGGUCGAGUUGGACCAGAGGAAUACCGUUACGAAGAUUCGCCAAACUGCAAUGAAAUCGAUGCUGUGCUGGACAUAUGUUAUCAAUUGUUGCGGUGUAUUACCAGCAAAAGCCGCGCCUCAAUGCUACGUGCACUCAAUCUUCGGCUGGGCAAACAAAAAUAUUUUGGUGGUGACAAAAUAUCGAUUGCCGAUAUUGGUGUGUACAGCUCGUUGAAGCGUUUGCCGAUAAUAACUCCUAAGGACUUUACGCCAACAUUGACUGAAUGGAAAAAACGCGUACAACUUGUUACACAGCUGUAAAAUAAGUUUGUAAUAAUUGAAUAUCUUGUACUUGGUACAUGCUUAAUUACAUACAUAUGUAAAGUAAAUGAAUGCAAUUAUUUUUUUCUUUUGUAAAAAAGUUAACUUUUAUUGCAAACUAAAAAUGCGCAUUAUUUGUAUGUUCCACUUAAUUCUAUGACAUAGCUUUACCCUAACUGGGCGUUGCCUAAUAAUGUAAAAAGUCAUAUUUAAUUGUAAUUGCAAAGAUCUGAUCUUUGAUAUUUGCACUAAAAUUUUUUUAUUAACAAAGUGAAAUUUUAAAUUUCACUCUCAUGGGCUUUUCUUCUGGUUGGAAGAAACUUCCCACAAAUAUAAAAGCCAAAAGCGUUAUAUUCAUCUCUCA